CCCAAGGUGCCAGGCAAGCGUCCGGUUCCCUCGGACUGUCUUGGUCCAUCGCGCCCUGAGCGGAGGGUCCCUGGCGCCUUCCUAGACGUCUCGGGACAGUCUGGCUGGUCAGGGGCGGAGGGACAACUCGGGAAGAGCAGGGAAGGGGAGCGGACCGACUGCGCCUUGCUCUUCGGUGCCAAGGACACCGUCGCGGAGGCGCGGCCAACUUCCUUUGAAUCUGACUUCCCACCCGGGGCCGGCAGCGGAGCUCCAGCCUUGUCCCCUCUCUAUUUUCGGGCGGACCCCAGAGCUGAGUAAGCCGGGCGGAGAGAGCCCGUAAGGAUUUCCUGAGCGCUGGGGGAAGGAGGGCACGGAGCGAGCACUCGGAACCUGUCCGGGCCGCGCUCCCGGACCCGCACAGCCCGCGCACCCCCAGGCAAAACCGGCCCCCGGCCCCCGCCCUCGGCGGCCCCCACCCUGCUCCAGAGCCUCAGGGAAGCAAACCCGGGAGGAAAGAGAGGGCUAGGUGGGUAGGCGGAUGAGGGGUGGGGGACACCCUGACGUCACUGGAAGGAGGUGCCGGAGUAGGAAGUGGGCUGGAAAAGGCUAUAAAUCGCCCCCGCCUUCGGCUCCUCUUCAUCGGGGUCCGCGGGAGGCUCGGAGAGAGCUAGGCGGACGCUCCUCGCGACUCCUCCCAGGCAGCGGCGGCGGCUCGGAGCGGGCUCCGGGGCUGGAGCGCAGCGGCCAACGGGCGCCAGGCGGCGAGGAUUACCCGGGGAAGCGUCGCCUCCUGGCUGGAGCCUCGGAGUGGGGCUCUCGGGGUGCAGGACAAGAGCGUAAGAGGACAACGCAGGCGGCCCGGCCGACGGCCGCAAGGAGCGCGGGGACCCGGCGAGCAGGCCGCAUCGCGCUCACCAUGGUCAGCUGCUGGGACACCGGCGUCCUGCUGUACGCGCUGCUGGGCUGUCUGCUUCUCCCAGAACCUAGUUCAGGUGCAAAAUUAAAAAGUCCUGAACUGAAUUUAAAAGGCACGCAGCACGUCUUGCAAGUAGGCCAGACACUACGUCUCCAAUGCAGGAGUGGAGCAGCCCAUUCCUGGUCUUUGCCAGAAUCUCUGAGUAUGGAAAAUGAACGGCUGAGAAUAACUAAAUCUAGCUGUGGAAGGAACGGCAAAUUGUUCUGCAGUACAUUGACUGUGAAUUCAGCUCAUAUAAACGACACUGGCUUCUACAGCUGCAGACAUCUGCCUGGCUCUACUUCAAAGGAGAAGCAACCAGACCCUACAAUCUAUAUAUAUGUUAGGGAUAUAGGCAAACCUUUCAUAGAGAUGUUCCCUGAAACACCUAAAGUAAUACAAAUGGUGGAAGGAGAGAAGCUCAUCAUUCCCUGCCGAGUUUCAUCACCUGACCUCACUGUUACUCUUAAAAAGGUUCCAUUUGAUGCUAUAAUCUCUGAUGGAAAAAGAAUAAUCUGGGACAGUAGGAAGGGUUUCGUAAUACCACAUGCAACAUACAGAGAAAUAGGGUUUCUGUCGUGUGAAACAAGAAGCAAUGGAACUGUGUUUGUUUCAAACUAUCUCACACAUCGGAUAGACAAUAAAAUCAUAAGUAUCCAAGUGGGCCCAGGAAACCCAGUGAAACUGCUCAGCAAUCAUACUCUUACUCUCAACUGUACAGUCAUGACCGCCUUGAACACAAGAGUUCAGAUAAUCUGGGAUUACCCCCAUAAAGUAGAUAACAGAGCUUCUAUAAAGCAACGAUUUUACCGAAGCGAUACCUUUACCAACAUGUUCUACAGUGUUCUUACUAUUGCCAAAGCAAAGAAAACUGACAAGGGGUUUUAUACCUGUCAGGCGCAGAGUGGACCAUCGUUCAAAUCUGCUAACAUCUCUGUGAAUGUAUUUGAAAAGGCAUUCAUCACUGUGAAACAUCGGGAAAGCCACGUGUACGAGGCUACAGCUGGCCAACAGUCCUACCAGCUGUCUCUGAAAGUGAAGGCCUUUCCUCCACCAGAAGUUGUAUGGCUGAAAGACGGGUCACCUGCAACAAAGAAAUCUGCUCGCUAUGUGACUCGUGGCUACUCAUUAAUUAUCAAAGACGUAACUGCAGAGGAUGCUGGGAAUUAUAUGAUCCUGCUGAGCAUAAAGCAGUUCAAUGUGUCUGAAAACUUCACUGCCACUCUAAUUGUAAAUGAGAAACCUCAGAUUUAUGAAAAGGCUGUGUCGUUUCCAGAUCCCAUUCUCUACACACUGGGCACCAGGCAAAUCCUGACCUGUACCGUCUACGGAAUCCCUCAGCCCAUAGUGCAAUGGUUCUGGUAUCCCUGCAAGCACAGCUAUUCUGAAGAAAGGUUUGACUUUUGCUCCAGUCACGAAGAGUCCUAUCUCUUGGAUGCUAACAGCAACAUAGGCAACAGAAUUGAGAGCAUCACACAGCGCAUAGUAACAACAGAAGGAAAGAAUAAGAUUGCAAGCUCCUUGGUUGUGGCAGACUCAAGAGAUUCUGGAAUCUAUGGUUGCCUGGCUUCCAAUAAAAUAGGAACUGAAGAAAGAAACAUAACUUUUUAUGUCACAGAUGUGCCAAAUGGGUUUCGUGUUAACUUGGAGAAAAUGCCUGCCGAAGGAGAGGACCUGAAACUGUCUUGCACAGUUAACAAAUUCUUAUACAGAGACAUUACUUGGAUUUUGCUACGGACAGUUAAUAACAAAACAAUAUAUCACAGUAUCAGGAAGCAAAAAAUGGCCGUCACUGGCAAGCACUCCACCACUCUGAACCUUAUCAUCAAGAAUGUAUCUCUGGAAGAUUCGGGCACCUAUGCCUGCAGAGCCAGGAAUGUAUACACAGGGGAAGAAAGGCUUCAGAAGACAGAAGUUACAAUUAGAGGUCAGGAAGCACCACACCUCCUGCAGAACCUCAGUGAUCACACGGUGGCCAUCAGCGGCUCCACCACAUUAGACUGUCACGCUGGUGGUGUCCCGGAACCCCAGAUUACUUGGUUUAAAAACCACCAUGAAAUACAGCAAGAACCUGGAAUUAUUUUAGGACCAGGAAACAGCACGCUGUUUAUUGAAAGAGUCACAGAGGAGGAUGAAGGUGUCUAUCAGUGCAGAGCCACCAACCCAAAGGGGGCCGUGGAGAGUUCAGCGUACCUCACCGUGCAAGGAACUUCAGACAAGUCUAAUCUGGAGCUGAUCACUCUGACAUGCACCUGUGUGGCCGCAACCCUCUUCUGGCUCCUGUUAACUCUCUUUAUCCGAAAACUGAAAAGGUCUUCUUCAGAAAUAAAAACUGACUACCUAUCAAUUAUAAUGGACCCCGAUGAAGUUCCCCUCGAUGAGCAAUGCGAGCGGCUUCCCUAUGAUGCCAGCAAAUGGGAGUUUGCCCGGGAGAGACUCAAACUGGGCAAAUCACUGGGAAGAGGAGCUUUUGGGAAAGUGGUUCAAGCAUCAGCGUUUGGCAUUAAGAAGUCACCCACUUGCCGGACUGUGGCUGUGAAAAUGCUCAAAGAGGGGGCCACAGCCAAUGAGUACAAAGCUCUGAUGACUGAGCUCAAGAUCUUGACCCACAUUGGACACCAUCUGAAUGUGGUUAAUCUGCUGGGAGCCUGCACCAAGCAAGGAGGGCCUCUGAUGGUGAUUGUUGAAUACUGCAAAUAUGGGAAUCUAUCCAACUACCUUAAGAGCAAACGUGACUUAUUCUUUCUCAAUAAGGAUGCAGCACUACACACGGAGCCUAAGAAAGAAACUCCCGAGCCAGGCUUGGAACCGGAUGAGAAACCGAGGCUAGACAGUGUUACCAGCAGUGAGAGCUUCGCAAGCUCUGGGUUUCAGGAAGAUAAAAGCCUGAGUGAUGUGGAGGAAGAGGAGGAUUCGGAUGAUUUCUACAAGCAGCCCAUCACCAUGGAAGAUCUAAUUUCUUACAGUUUUCAAGUGGCCCGAGGCAUGGAGUUUUUGUCUUCCAGAAAGUGCAUUCAUCGAGACCUGGCAGCACGAAACAUCCUUUUAUCUGAGAACAAUGUGGUGAAGAUAUGUGAUUUUGGCCUAGCCCGGGAUAUUUAUAAAAACCCCGAUUAUGUGAGAAAAGGAGAUACUCGACUUCCUCUGAAAUGGAUGGCUCCUGAAUCCAUCUUUGACAAAAUCUACAGCACCAAGAGUGAUGUGUGGUCCUAUGGAGUGUUGCUGUGGGAAAUCUUCUCCCUAGGCGGGUCUCCAUACCCAGGAGUGCAGAUGGAUGAGGACUUCUGCAGUCGUCUAAAGGAAGGCAUGAGGAUGAGAGCCCCCGAGUACGCGACCUCUGAAAUCUACCAGAUCAUGUUGGACUGCUGGCACAAAGACCCAAAAGAAAGGCCACGAUUUGCAGAACUUGUGGAAAAACUAGGAGAUUUGCUUCAAGCCAAUGUACAACAGGAUGGUAAAGACUAUAUCCCACUGAAUGCCAUCCUGACCGGAAAUAGUGGAUUUGCAUACUCAACUCCUGCCUUCUCUGAGGACUUUUUCAAGGAUGGUAUUUCAGCUCCAAAGUUUAAUUCUGGAAGCUCAGAUGAUGUCAGAUAUGUAAAUGCUUUCAAAUUUAUGAGCCUGGAAAGAAUCAAAACCUUUGAAGAACUUUCACCAAAUACUGCCUCCGUAUUUGAUGACUAUCAGUUGGACAGCAGCACUCUGGUGGCCUCCCCCUUGCUGAAGCGCUUCACCUGGACUGCAAGCAAACCCAAGGCCUCGCUAAUGCUUGACUUGCACGUAACCAGUAAAAGUAAGGAGUCGGGCCUUUCCCAUACCACCAGACCCAGCUUUUGCUUUUCUAGCUGUGGGCACAUCAGAUCUGUGCAUGACAACUUGGAGCUGGGAAAGGAGGAUUCGUGCUGCUCUCCACCGCCAGACUAUAACUCAGUGGUCUUAUACUCCACCCCACCUGCCUAAGGCUCAGCACAAGCCCUAUUUUCAGAAGUACAUGUGUAUUUACACUCCCAGAAAACUAGCUUUUGACAGUAUUAUGCAUAUAUGAGUUUACACCUUUAUCUUUGCAGGGAGCAGAGGCAGCUGCUUUUUUACUUAAUUUUAAUACUGCUUUUUGUUUUUUUGUUUUGUUUUGUUUUGUUGUUUUUUGUUUUUGUUUUUGUUUUGUUCUGACUAACAAGAAUGUAACCCCAGAUAAAUAAAUAGGGACAGGUUAAACACUACUGCUCAAUUUUCAUAUUACUCACUGUAGGAGAGAAAGCCUUUGAAAGCCCAAUGACUCACCUGCUCCAGCCCCUGAGACCUCUGAGCACACAGGUCAGGAAAACUCACAUCAGCUGGUCAUGCUCAGCAGCCCUGAAACUGUGGCAAAAAGGAUCCCUGCAGCAUGCAGGAUCAAGUGCUGGCCUAGGUAGUGUUUCUGCAGUUCUCCAGCCAGCAUAAGACAUCUAAGGAGGAGCGCAAGAAAGAAGAGAAAACCAGAAUAGGCCUGAGAAAGACAGAUGCUUCCUGGGCAAAGGCUGGGCAAAGGCUCUCUGCAGUAGUUUCCCAGCCCUGACCACUGGGCUUUUACGCUCCCAACUGGAAGCAGACAGGUAGAGUGGCGAGGACAUUUCCUGGAAUCUGGGAGGUAAAGAAAGGAAAACCUUUUUAAAACUAAAGUACAUCCUACAAGUUCCCCUGUGGGACUGGCUCUGUACUAUUCCUGCACAUGGUAUGCUUCAGUGAUAGCAAGCAAGCACUGAGGGUGGGGCUCACCUCUCAGCCCCAUAGUGUCGGCUCCUCCAGAAAGCCACAGUGAGAGCUUAGCCUGAGCUGGCAGGCCACAGGGCAUGAAGGCCUGACACCUAGCAUGUUGCUCAUAAGAAGUUAAGGUUUGGUGGUUGUUAAGGGCUGUCUACUAUUGGGCUCAAAGUCACAUUUUUAAAAAGGUCAGAUUCUAUAUUAAGUAUUAAUGUAUAGACAAGACACUUAACUUUUUGUAUUAUCCAUUUUGUACAGUUAACUAUAAAAGGAAGGUUAGGAGAGUAAAAAUGUGGUCUUUUAGAGGACUUUUUCCUGUACCAAGCUGAGAGUCGAUGAAACAAAAACCAGUAAAGCAGAGUAAAAAUUCCAUCUUCACAGCCAAACCAGCUCACCCAAAGCGCUGGGACCUGGAGCAGAGGAAGUCAGUCAUGAAUUUCAUUUUUAUUUCAUGGGGGUUCCAAUGUCUCCUGCUAUUCUGGAAGGAUAUGGAAGAUAAUUAAUAUCUAUUAAGCACUUUAUGCUCCUUGAUUUCAAAAAAAGUGAUAUGUAACCUAUAAAAGGUAUUUCUCUAAUUGGGGACUCAACAUAGUAGUUAUGAGCCAUCAGAACAGAACAAGAGCCCAUUUUCAUGUGCUUUGUAUCUUGCCUUGGGUUUGAGGAGGAUUAUACUAUGGAGACAGGGUAGAAAUAGGGAGACAGGGUAGAAAAUGAUGCCUACACUUCAGCCUUUGUUGCAUGCUAUCUCUGCAAAUUCUGGUUUGUGUAUCUAGGACAUAUUGACCUUCUGAGGCUGAGGCCAGUCCAAAGCAGAAGGGCAACAGUGAAUCACUGCUUCUGGGACAGAAAAGCAUCUUUCCACUUACGCAUGUCAUUUAAUUCUAGAACCUGAACUCUACUUGCUAGAAAGAUGUAUGCUUCCUUUUAUCUGCCACAGUUUUGUGUAAGGCUUUUUGUAUGAAGAGAUGGAAGAGUAAGCACAUUGCCCAGUGAGACCAUAGGCAGGCUCUUGGGGACUCACCAGCCACAACAGAGGAGUGAGGCAGACCUUUCCACUAAGCACUAAACAAAAUUGGAGAGAGCCAGAAGAGCAAAACCAAAACAAAGUAAAACUUCACUUUUAUUUUUCUAUACAUGAAAGUUCUUGUGACAACUGGCAAGGGUAUAAAUCUGGCAACUAGACAUAAGUCAAACAGGAAAUAAAACAAGGCCCUAAUUGUCUUUUUUUUUUUUUUCAAAUCAGGUAAGGAUCCAGAAAUCAGUAAUAAAGGGAAAAUCUCAGCUACCCAUAAAAAACUACAUUUUAAUAAUCUAACUCUUAUAAGACACCUUAGGUAAAUGUCCUUUUCCAAAGGAGGGGAGAAAUUCAUUCAGAUUCUGUUACUCAGCUUAAGACUCAGGCAUAUAGACUACUUAAAAAAUCAAAAAAUGGUUCCGUUGGAGUCUCAACAUAGAAAAAUGGAAGCUUAUGGUAAUAUAUAUUUUUAAUUGCAGAGGCAGUAAAAUAGCACUGAAAAUUAAAACACUAAUUAAAUGAUGGUAAUGUUAGAACCACUUGCUAUUUAUGAGAAAAAUGGUUGGCACUAACAGGGGAUAGGCACUUCCUUAUGGGGUUUGUGAGAGAAUCUGCAUGGAUCUGUGUGGACAGACGGGGGCUGAAGCAUUACGAAUUUGUAUGCAGUUAGCCCAAGAAAUGAUACUCACAUUAGCUUUAGCCAAGAGGACAAAUGUGUCCAAAUCCUGCAAAAUACUGCUCAUAUCUUUAAGCUAAGGCUGUUUGCUAGCCCAUAAGAACAUCAAACAUGAAACAGAUUCUUACCAGCCCCAUUUAAACUGAUUAAAGGAGUGCAUUUUUGACUGACAGUGUUAGGAACUAUGUGUAUAUGUGUAUGUGUUUAUGUGUGUUUUGUGCAUAACUAUUUAAGGAAACUGGAAUUUUAAGUUACUUUUAUAUAAAUUGAGAAUAUAUGCUACAGAUAUAAGCCAGACAUGAUUUGGUCCUACACUCCUGGUCAUGAUGAAUGUAUUUUAUAUAUUAUCUUCAUAUAUUAAAAUUAACUUCCAAAAAC